AUGGCUGCCACACCUCAAGCUACUGUCAUUCAAAUCUAUGCCCCUUCUCAUCUUCCAAUUAAACUUACCACAUCCAAUUUCCCCAUUUGGAAAAAGCAGGUGGAGUCUACACUCACUGGUUUAAACCUUGUAGGCUUCGUUCAUGGUACAAAGCCAGCUCCGGCAAAGUACACGGACGCGGCGCAAACAGUGUCUAACCCGGCCUACAUGGCGUGGUAUCGCCAGGAUCAAAUUAUCCUGAGUGCUCUUCUAGGCAGUUUGACCGAUGUUCUACAGCCUAUCAUCUCAUCGGCUUCAUCGGCGUUUGAUGCAUGGACUCGGCUAUCCACGACCUGCGCAGCCUCAUCCCGCAGCCGCAUUGUCUCGUUGAAAGCAAAACUCGCGAAGAACCCCAAAGGAAACCGGUCAGUUGAAGCUUACAUGCGUGAAAUGAGGACAAUUGCGGAUGACUUAGCGCUUGCACAAAGCCCAGUUCACGAGGAGGACCUGGUGGUGCACGUUUUCACUCAGCUCGGUGAUGAGUAUAACCCCAUCGUGGCAGCUCUUCGUGUGCGAACAGGUAGCAUCUCGUUUGGGGAACUACAAGACGUUCUCACAGAUUACGAGCGGCUGCUGCAUGACAAUGAUGCCGCUUCAUAG